AUGAACUCGAUUCUUGGCCGCAGUCUUCCCUUGAAGACAUUCCAGCCUUCUGGCCUCUCCAUCAGUCGCCAGAGAGCCCUCUACGCCCAGUCCUGGCGGUUGUACUCUUACAGCUCGUACGGCGGCGAGGGCGAGCAGCGCCCAGAGGAUCAGAAGAACCAGGCGACUCGCGACAUUGAACAUCCAGCCAGGGCAGGUCCCCCACCCCCAGACGUCAGCAAGGGCUCGUCCUCUUCUUCUUCUUCUUCUUCCUCCUCAUCCACGCCAAGCUCUAGCCCAUCUUCAUCGUCAGGUUCAAGCUCCAGCUCCAGCUCCAGCUCAACCUCGCAACCGCCUUCCGACGAAGAAACCCGGCGUGCCAACGACGGCGCUGAGGUGAGCCCGCACGUCACAAACCGACCGUCGAAUAACGCGCGCCCGACGCUGAACGACGGGCGGCAGUCGCCCAACAUCGACGCGCAGGGGAAGACGCGGUCUGAUGUGCCGGAGGACGUGAAGCGGCAUAACGCGGAGAUGGAGAAUCGGCAUGAUCGGCCGUAUAACCAGUUGGGAGAUGAGGGGAAGGUGCAGAAGGGGUUUUGGAAGAUUCCCAAGUAG